AUGUUGUACAAUAAAGAUGAGGCCAUUACCGGGACGGCCAAGGUGAUUAUCACUGUCACUACAAUUUUAGGCGUCCUUGCCAUUAUAUCGGUUGCACUCCGUAUUAAAGCGCGUGUAUACUCCAAGCUCUUUUUGGGCGUGGACGACUAUCUCGUUAUUAUCUCCCUGGCUCUGUCCUGCGGGAUCAGCAUCCUCUUCAAUUACACAGCCGCCGUGACUGGGGUGGGCGACCCCAAGUUCGAGCCCACCCUGGAGACCACGAUCUUCGCGCUGAAGAUGGUUUUCGCCUGUGAGAAUACUCAAAUAGUUAUAAUGGGGCUGAUUAAGAUAUCUAUCCUGUGUUUCUACCGGCGUAUUUUCGGCAUUUCACGCAAGUUCGUCAUGGCCAGCAAUGUGCUCAUCGUGUUGAUUUCUACUUUCACAUUGGGCAUUUUGCUGUCGGUCAUCUUCUCGAAAUGGCCUGUUUACCUUCAAUGGGAUCCAACCGCUCCAUACAACAUGAAUGCAUCGGCAGUGCUCAUCUGCUACGUCGUUGGAAAUAGCCUGUUCGAUAUUUUAACACUGUCUCUUCCAAUCGCGGCCGUGCAGACAUUGCAGAUCAACCAGUCAAAGAAGCUAUUCAUGACGGUGAUCUUUUCCCUGGGAAGCACAUGCAUGGCAGCGUCCCUCGUCCGACUCUACUACGCCGUAGCAUGGUCUAGGGUGACUCCGACUGCUAACAGUCUAUUUGAAUCACCCUUUAUCUACAACAUCCUCUGGGCACUUAUCGAACCACCCGUCUUCAUCCUAGUGGGCUCCAUGCUUACAAUAGGGCCCUUGCUACGGAAUAUGCGAGGACCCAAAGAAUGGAUCCGGCUCAUCAGCACUAAAUAUGGGCGGUCAACGAAAUCCUAUGACACAUACAAUGGGUCUCAAACACAUGGCUCGUCGGAAGUUCCUAAGUACAACAAUCCCAAGAACAAUCCGGAAAAUAACGUGUCUCGCGUGUCUUCGAGUGAGAUGGAGCUUUUGUCUGUUUGA